UGGCUAUGGAAGGCCCGCUUCCACAGAUGGACCCUAUUCCAACGCUAACUCUAUUUGUGUUAUGCACUCAAGAGAAAGAGAAGUUUCAGAGGGAAGGGAAGAAAACAUACCUCUAAGUAACGCAAAUACUAACCAGCAGUGUUUCAAUUUCAACAUCCUCCAACCGCGACAAUUUUGCUGUCUUCUUCUUUUGUUUUUCCUCAACGGUACGAUUCCACAAAUACCCAUUUUUUUUGGCUCACCAAAGAACAACAACAGCCAUUUUCCCCUUUUAGAUUUUCUCUCAUUCGUCUUUUCUGGGUCCUUUCCCAUUUUCUUUUUUCUGGGGUGUUUUUCCCCUGGUGGGUUGGAUUUGGUUUUGAGCUGGGUUUACUUUUGUUAUUGCAUUGCUGCUUUCUCAUCGAGUUGAUUUUUGUCGUUUUAGACAAUGUGGAGAGGGGAAAUGCUGUAGAAAUUAUGAAAGAAUUUAUGGGGUUCGAUUCAUUGGUCAUGGAGAUAUUGCAUUUAUGGAAUUUUAUCCAAUGCAAGUAACAUUAAUGAAUACUAGCUUUACCCAUGUGUGAUUUUAUUCACAUUUGUGUUUUUAUUGGUGGCUGCUCUGGAGAUUGAUACUCUUAGUUUCUCCAACUUGUUUUUCUAUUAGCCUCUUAGGAGAUGUUUUUGGCAUUCCAUAUGGAUUUGGUGUUUGUUAUGAGAUAUUGCUGAUUUAUUUUUUGAUUACCAAUGGCUGAGAAGCAUGUCUCAUCCCACGGUUUUGUUUCCAGGAAAUAUUUGCUUUGCUUGUUCUCAUUCAUUUUGGCCUUGUUCAUAUUAUCUUGGUUCUUUGUGCUGCGUUCCACGCACCGCCCUAACUUUACUGAUCAUAGUUUGUUGACUAAUCCACUUCAUUCUGUAAUCGAUGAUGGUAGUUCCCUGUCCUGGACUCAAAAAAUUGAUGAACCCCAACUUGAAAAUAGAGGAGAGGUGAGUGGAGGAGGGGCAGAAGGAGAAGAAUCACCUAAAGAGAAAGUUGCUGGGGAAGAUGUGAAAUGCAAUACCCACAACGAGAAUAACAAAGAACCCCUUAAAGUUUUCAUGUAUGAUUUGCCUGCAGAGUUUCAUUUUGAGCUCUUAGACUGGACUCCCCAAGGGGAUAGUGUUUGGCCUGAUGUUAAAACCAAAAUACCUUCAUAUCCUGGUGGGUUAAACUUGCAACAUAGUAUAGAAUAUUGGCUUACAUUGGAUAUUCUUGCUUCUGAAAUUCCUGGUAUUCCUAGAGCUGGUAGUGCUGUAAGAGUCAGAAAUUCUAGCGAAGCUGAUGUCAUAUUUGUACCAUUUUUUUCAUCAUUAAGUUAUAACCGAUAUUCCAAGGUAAAUCCACAUCAAAAGAAGAGCAAGAACAAGUUGUUGCAAGAGAAGUUGGUAAAGUUUGUCACUUCACAAAGGGAAUGGAAGAGGUCAGGGGGGCGAGAUCAUAUCAUCUUGGCUCACCAUCCAAAUAGUAUGUUAGAUGCAAGGAUGAAACUAUGGCCAGCAAUGUUUAUACUUGCAGACUUUGGGAGGUACCCACCCAAUGUAGCAAAUGUUGACAAAGAUGUAAUUGCACCUUACAAGCAUGUAGUCAGAAGUUAUGUUGAUGACUUGUCUACCUUUGACAGCCGGCCAAUAUUACUGUACUUUCAAGGUGCCAUAUACAGGAAAGAUGGUGGCCUUGCUCGGCAAGAAUUGUUUUACCUUCUAAAAGAUGAAAAAGACGUGCAUUUCCAAUUUGGGAGUAUUCAAAAGGAUGGAGUCACCAAAGCUUCCAAGGGAAUGCACUCCUCGAAAUUUUGCCUCAAUAUUGCAGGUGACACUCCCUCAUCGAACCGUCUCUUUGAUGCCAUCGCCAGCCACUGCGUUCCAGUCAUCAUCAGCGAUGACAUUGAGCUCCCUUACGAGGAUGUUCUUGACUACUCUCAAUUCUGCAUAUUUGUUCGUACGUCGGAUGCUGUCAAAGAAAAGUUCCUCAUAAAUUUGAUCAGAGGCAUUGGGAAAGAUGAAUGGACUCAAAUGUGGCAGAAAUUAAAAGAGGUAGAACAUUUCUUUGAGUUCCAAUACCCAUCAAAGGAAGGUGAUGCUGUUCAAAUGAUAUGGCAGGCUGUGGCCAGAAAGGUCCCUUCCAUGAGAAUGAAGAUACACAAGUCCAAGAGAUACUCACAAUCUCUUAUGGUCAACAAUAGAGAGUUAAAAAAAAUACCAACACCCAACAAUUUUUGGUGAAAAGGGAAUUUAAACAUUUGUAUCUUGGCAAUGACCUCAGAUCUUUUCAUGAGAUAUAACAAUGGGUUUUGCUGCUUAGAAAGUUAAAUAGAGUUUGAAUGCAUUCUCUUAGAUAAGAAUUGCAACCUGUAAUCACUGCAGAUUUUGGAUUUUUUUUUUUUUUUUUUUUUUU